AGUCAUGAUGUUCGAGCCAUUAUAUGAGUUAGAUUGGGAGGAUCUUGAAUUUUUGGAGGGGUUGAAUAGGAGUUUGACCCCAAAGGAGCAAAGUUAUUUGGAGGAGUUGUACGAGCAAAAGGAGAAGUAUGAAAGACAACUCAAGAUCAUGGUGGAGUUCGAUGAAGAAGAGCCCUUGUUUACGUUCGAUCUACCGAGCUAUGUUGAAGAUAAGGUCACCGAGUUCGUGGUCGAGCAAGUCGAGUCCGAGAAUCCACCUUCGUUCAGCGACGCGAUUACGGAUGAGGGAGCGGCGAUCGACUACUUAGGCCCACCUAUACUUGACGUUCAGUCCGAUGAUAAACUCAUAGACUUCCUUAAGGGGCUCAAUCAGAGGAUCCGUGAGCUGGUGGGAAGCCACGGACAGAUGUCUUAUGCAGAUACCGUGAGUCGGGCUCAGGAGGUCGAGAGCUGUCUCAUUCCAUUGACUCCCGUUCCUUCNNNNAGCCUUCUCAGACUGUUGUUCAGUAUGCCCAGCCUAUUACCUCUGUGCCACCCAGCUCUAGCUCGGGCAAGAGGAAGUCCGACUUUCAGAAAAAAAAGAAGGGAAAGAAGGGGAAUUUUGUUCAUCGCGACAACUGCCCCACCGGCAACCAAACUUGCCCAAGAAUACGGCAAGUCCCAUGGAGGCGAGUGCCUCGCGAACCAGCACUCAUGCUUCAACUGUAACCGUCCAGGUCACUAUGCCAAUCAGCAGCCCCCACCAUUCCAGCAGAAGGCUGGGGGUCAGGCCAGAGUCUACACCAUUGCUCAUGACGAGGCAGCCAACAACGCAGGUACCAUGUCGGGCAUGAUUUCCUUAUCCAAUGUGCCUAUUUUUGCAUUGUGUGAUACCGGUGCUACUCAUUCUUUUAUCUCUUCUCGAUGUAUUGAGGCCUUAUAUCUGUUGAAUGUUUGCAAAGUCGAUCCUCUCAAGGUCAACCUAGCCUCGGGAAAGAUUAUUAUUUCUUAUUCUUUACUCUACAAUCUUCCUAUUAAUAUUGGUGGACGAAUUUUGGAGGCCGACGUGUAUGUUAUUGAAAUGCGGGACUUUGAUGUGAUCUUGGGCAUGGACUGGCUCACUCGCUAUCGAGCCGACAUCCGGUGCCAGGAGCGCGAAGUUGCAGUUUUUCCCGAUUCUAGUCAGCCUGUCUUAUUCUAUGGGGUGAAGUCGAGGACUGUGCCUCGAGUAAUCUCUUCUAUGAAAGCUAUGAAGAGCCUUUCCAAGA